AUGAGUGCGCGGCGCAGCUCGCGGCUUCGGCGUAAGCCCACGCCGAUCUACCAGGUGGAGGACACGCGCGCAAGUGAUGACGAGACAAACGCCGAAGAAGAGCAGCAGGAGACGCUCGUGGACAACGAGCAGGUCGAGGAAAGCAGCGACGAAGGGCGGGAAGGCGAGGACGAGGAGUUCACACCCUCUGGGACCAAGGUCAAGAAGCCCAAGAGGGCUGGUAAAGCGGUGCAGACCCCUCAGGCCAAGGCCAGAGCCAGCAGACGGAAGCGCUCGCCAUGGAGCCAAACGCGGAGUUUGCGUUCGGGUGAAGACGGAAGAAGCACCAAGAGAAGUGUGGCAACUGCGGAGACGGACGAAAGUGCAGCAGCACCGGCAGGGAAUGAUAACGACCAGGAGGAGGAUGGAGCCUCGCUGUUCGAGGCAAUUAAGAGCGGCAAGGCGUCGCUUGAGAACUUGUUGACUGAAUGGCGCGACCGCUUCGAAGAAGACGAUGAGAAGGCCACGAAAGAGGUGCUAAACUUCGUGCUGCAGGCUUGCGGAGGAACUGGCCAAUGCGUUCCUGACGCGGUGCCGUUGGUUGAGCUGGAUAUGAGUGAAUUGGCGGAACAUGUGGUCGAGGAUCUUGAAAAUGUCAAUGGAGAAUAUCCGUUGACGUCUCGAGGGAGGGGGAUGAAGAAGUUUCAGCGCAAUUUUGAGGAGUUCUGGGAGGCUUUCGUGAAAGAGUGCUACGAGAGCGAGAUCCUGUUCACGUCGGAUAUCCCUAACAAUUUUAUUGUCUGGCUGACGACGUUGUCAAGCUCUGAACUUCGACCUAUCCGGCACACAUCGACUGUAGCAGUUCUAGCGUUGAGCAAUUCUUUGGUGCGAACGGCGGCAACUAUUUCGGAGCAGCUAGCGAUCUCGACGAGACAACUGAACGCGGAAACUAGGUCUCCUGGUACGACCCCUGGUUCCCAGAAAACCCCAAAUGUCCAGAAAAUAGCACUACUGAAGGACAACAAGGCACUAUACGAGACCCGGUUCCAGCAGGUGCUGAAGCUCGUCAAUUUGAUUUUCACUGGAGUAGUGGUCCAUCGGUAUCGCGAUGUCAUGCCGGAGAUUCGUGUGGUGAGUGUGCAGUGCCUAGGUCACUGGAUCAUCACAUUACCAGACCAGUUCCUGAAGGAUAAUUUCUUGAAGUAUCUUGGCUGGCUCUUGAGCGACAAAUCUGCGUCAGUUCGACUUGAGGUGAUCGAAAUUUUGUGCGAGUUGUACGAGAACGAUGCGUUCACCGAGAAGCUGGAGCUGUUUACUUCUCGCUUUUUGCCGCGUUAUCUGGAGCUCUGCAGCGAUGUAGACGACGCUGUUGUUGAGGAGUGCAUCCACCUUUUAAUCGCAGUUGACAAGCGCAGUCUUAUCAGCUCUGAUAUAGAGCUUCAGCCCGUCGAGAAGUUGGUGUUUGACGCAGAGCACGAGGACAUUCGCAAGGCCGCCGCGGAAUUUGUUUGUCUUCAGUAUGACGCGUUUGGUGUUGCUGUGUCAAAGACGAAGGACGUAAAAUUGAAGAAAGAACAACUCAACACUCAAGCUAUUGCACUGGUGGAAUUUGCGGAGGAAUACAUCCAAAAUCACGGUAUACCUGACGCUGCUGUGGAGACGCUUGUCGAUGCUUUCUGGGGAUUGGAUGACUGCCUUGUCCUUCAGGACUGGCGAUUAAUAACAAACUUGCUCCUAGUGGACAAGAGCGCACCGGACCUGAGCAGCGAGCAGCAGACUAUCCUGCUACGCCUCCUCGUUGCGUCGAUAAGCAAACUUGUCUGUAAUGAUAUAAACCGAGGAACAAGCGCUGCUGCCAAGAAAGAAUCGGAGCAGAUGAGAGAGGAAAUCACCGUUGCUUACUGCAAGGAUAUUCCGAGCUUGUUUCUUUUGUAUCAAGCCGAUUCGGACAAGCUUGAGUUGCUCUUGCAGUUGAUUCCCAUGUUAACGUUGAAGAGUGAGGUGAUAGGCCACCACAGCGGCCAAAUCAAGGAACUACUCCAGAAGUUGAAGCACGCGUACUUGCUACACUCCGACGAGGGGCUGCUGAUGAGCUUGUCGCUGUCAAUUACCCAUUUGAUCCAAACGGAGCACGCGUCACUCAGGCGUGAAGCUGAAGUGAUUGUGCAUGAACUCGUCCAAGAGGUCAUGGAGAAGAUCGAUUGGCUUUUGGAAGCUGAUGAAAAGCUUUGUGAUGCGUUGGCAACGUCUGGCAAUGAUACACCGACAACGCGGAGUAAAAUUACAAAAGGGAAGAAGAGGAAAAGCGCAAAGGUGAAAGAUAUUUCGGACGUUGAGUACGGCUUGCGAGUUGCUUUGUGCCGCCUCAAAUGCCUGGUGCGAUACCUCAAUCCCCGCGAGUACCUUCCACCAGAUUUGACUUCGUCUGCAUCUGGAGUGGACGAUGAUGGCGAGCUGAAUGAACCAGUCCUGCAUCAAGGACGGAUGGACAGACUUGUCGUGGCGGUGGGAGAUUUGUUGCGUCGUCGAACAAAAUCGGUUUCCGAGCUGGAUGAGGGUUUUCGGCAUGUUGACACCAUCAAGCACAGCUUGACAAUUAUUUAUUCGGAUUUGCUGUGGUCUACCGUUCCAAUUUUCAAGACCAUUGAUGAAGAGAAGAAACGCGAUAACUCUUUGAGUGUUACCGAUGAUGCUGAUAUGACUGAAGCUGAUCCUGCCAUCCAGCGUCAGAUCCUUCAAGUUUGUCAAACACGAUCCACGCUAGAAGAAGCAUUGAUUUCGGUCUUGGAGAUGCACUUGACUAGAGCAAAAGAGACCCCAGACAACGAACACAAGGAAAGUGAAGAAUCACCUGAUGUGCAAUCCGUGGAAUCGAUGGAGGAGAUUGAGUUCGAAGACGAGGAUGUCAUCUCCUAUGUGAAGGAGGCACAGCGUUUCGCCUUUCUAACGUUCUGCGACGUACGAUGCUUGUUUGUGGAAAAGUUCCAAGAUGCAGCAGCACCGUACGUUUCCUUGGAGUGGUCAUUGCCGAAGAUUCUCGUUCUACUUACGCAAAUGCAUUUUGAAAGCGAGAUGGAUGAUGCCGAAGAGGAGGAGCCAGAAUUUGAAGACGAUAUCGUGGAAAGUGACCCAGCCGUCGCACAGGAAAAGGCCGAUGCAAUCCGUGAGUGGGAAGCAAAGCAGCAACGCAAAGCAGAGCUACUCGUCGCACUUGGUCGGGUGUCACUGUGUAAUCCAAGCAAGAAGCACCAAGCUGCGGCAGUUUUACAGUACUUCACGUCGAGCGGGAAGCCGAGUGUCGAGGUUGUAAAAGCAUUUGGCAAACAAGUGAAGACAGAUGCCCCCGUGCGGUAUCUUGAGAUCCAAAUGACUGCCCUUCGACAAAUGUUCAACUCCAUUCUCAUCUGGAAACAAGACCUUGAAGCAUCUGUGUCGAGCUCGGGCAACGACGACGAAGUUACCGAGCAAGACGAGCUGAGAGAGAAGGUGGACAGUAGCGAGCAGGAGCUGCGAGAGCUUGCUAAAAGGUUCAGUCAAUCGCUCGGGGUUGGAAAAAUUCCUUCAUCGCUGAAAGCGCCAUUUUUGCGCUUCGUGCGUGAAGGCGUUCGCUACUCGUUUGAGCACCAAGCCCAGUUCCAGUUUCUGGAGACUAUGAGAGUAUAUCUGUCUCGUCUGGACAAUUCAAGCAUGAGUCAACUCCGCGAGUACUUUAUGGAGCGACUACAAGCCCUGAGUGAUAUUCCAAGCGACAGUGAGGAUCUAGGCCCGCAGUGGCGGGCAGUGUUCGACUUUCAAACUUCGCUCACUACCACCACUGCGAAUGGAAAGGGACGUCCACCGACUGACGCGAUGUUUUCUCCCCCACUGAAAAGCAAACGGCGAUCAGCUAGCUCAGAGCCUACCCCGAUGCAAAGGGCGUCUAUUGCAGAAGAGGAGGAAGAAGGCAAUGAAGAGAGCGAUAACAAUGCAGCCGCGGAAACCGACAACAAACCUGAUGGUCCCAACAGGGCAGACGACGGCGAGCAUGUCGACCAUAAUAAUCGACAAGGGACAUCACGGCAUAAACGUGAAGUGGCUGAUGAGGAUUCGUCGGCCACAGAAUACGUGCCACCCCGGAAACGACAACGGCUAGAGCAGCGCCGUGGUGAAGAGACGGAAUCGAGUGAUGAUGAAAAGGUUGUAGGCGAAGACCACAAUGAACAGUCCAGCCCGCGUGAGCAGGACGAAGCAAAGAGCGGGGGGAAUGGCCACGAAGUGUCGAAGACACUAGCCGAUGGCGAACAGAUGGAUGCUAAAUCAAAUCGUCGCAAACGACGUCGAGCUUGA